AUGUCGGAGCCAUCAUCGUCCAAGGUCACGGCGGACUCGCUGCUGCCACCUUCGAAGCCGACAUCGAUACCCGCAGGCACGAGCAAUGCCUCGGCCAACACUGCUGCAUCCCUCGCCACAAAGCACGGCAUCGAGCUGCCUUCACAAGAAGAUGCAGAAAGGCUCGGCUUCAAUGUCUUCUCGCACAUCCUCGACGCCCGACUCUUGCGCGCUUUGGCAGAUUUGGGCUAUGGUAUCCCAACGCCGAUUCAGCAGAAAGCCAUCCCGCUAGCACUCGCCGGCAAGGACAUCCUCGCGAGAGCACGUACGGGUUCGGGCAAGACGCUCGCCUACGGUCUGCCACUGCUCCAGAAAGUGCUUGAUGCCAAGAACGCCGUUGCGAAAUCAGAUCCGAAUCACCAACUUACACGAGCACUCGUCCUCGUUCCUACACGUGAGCUCGCCGAGCAAGUGUUCCGACACCUUUCCGUAGUCAUCGAAUACGUUCGGGACGACAUUCGACUCGUCAACGUUGCAAGAGACGCUUCUGAGAAAGUGCAGCGCCUGCUGCUAAGCGAGAAGCCAGACGUUGUCAUCGCAACCCCAUCCAAAGCUCUCAACUACCUGCAGAAUGGGUCGCUCGAUCUCAAAACUGGCAUGGAGUCGCUCGCUAUCGACGAAGCCGAUCUCAUCCUCUCCUACGGACACGACGCAGACGUCAAGUCGUUGCUGGGAGCCAACUUGCUACCCAGCCAUUUCCAAUGCUUCCUCAUGUCUGCCACCAUGACUUCGGACGUCUCCAAACUCAAAGGCCUGCUGCUCAGGAAUCCGGUCGUCCUCAAGCUCAACCACGACGACGAAGCGGCUUCGGGCUCCAACCUGGUGCAAUUCUACACAAAGACGACCGAAGAGGACAAAUUCCUGCUCGUCUACGUCAUCCUGAAGCUCAAGCUGAUUCGAGGCAAAGCGAUUCUGUUCGUCAACGAGCUCGAGAGGGGUUACAGAUUGAAGUUGUUCUUGGAAAAGUUCGGAUUGCGCGCUUGCGUGCUCAAUGCGGAACUUCCGAUCAACUCGAGAUACAGCAUAGUGGAGGAGUUCAACAAGGGCAAAUUCGACUACAUUGUUGCGACGGAUGAAACGACAGGGGCGAGUGGCAAGCUGGACGAGGACGACCAGGACGAACAAGACGAAGAGCAAGAAGCAGACGAGCAAGCACAACCGUCGACGGAAGCGGGCGAGAAGCGCAAAGCCUCAGACCAAGCGGCAGCGAAAACUUCAAAAAAGUCAAAACCGUCCAAGCAGCGCAAAGGAAAGAACGGCGCUUCCGAGUACGGCGUCUCGCGCGGUGUCGAUUUCGUCAACGUCUCUUGCGUCAUCAACUUUGACCUUCCCACCAGCGUCGACUCGUACAUCCAUCGAGUAGGGCGUACAGCUCGUGGAGGCGCUUCCGGCACAGCACUAUCGUUCGUCGUACCCUCGGACGAGGUGGGUCGAUCCAAAUACCUCUACUGUCCCACCACGACGCGCGACGAGUCCGUGUUCAAGCAGCUCAAGAAGCCGUCCACCGCCUCCCUGCUCGGCAGUCCACUGCAGGAAUGGAAGUACGACUCAUCGUCCGUCGCUGGAUUCCACUACCGUGUCACCGACACGCUGAAAAGCAUCACCAAGGUCCUCAUCCGAGAAGCGCGCAUCAAGGAGCUGAAGAACGAGAUCCUCACUUCGUCCAAACUGCAAUCCCACUUUGAGGAUCAUCCGGACGACCUGGCCUUUUUGCAGCAUGACAAGGCUCUGCUGACCAGUCGUGCCCAGCAGACGCAUCUCAAGCACGUACCGCAGUACCUGGUGCCUAAGAUCAUCAAUCCGGGGGCAAAGUUGACCAAGAACACGGGAAGCGAGUACAAGGGAUAUGUGCCGAAGAACAAGAUCAAGGAUGGCGGUGCGGAUGGUAAGAAGAAAGGUGGGAAGGGGAGGAGUUCGACUGGCAAGGAUAACAAACGUCAACCUGGAAAGGCGAGGAAGAAGGUCGAUCCUCUGCGCAAGUUUUCCAAAAAGUAG